AUGCAGAAGAGUCUAGACAAUGCUUGUGCUGCGCCACACAUCUUUGGAAAGCUGAAGGAGAAAAGCCAAGUGUUUGAGGUCUUUAGCAUUCUUAUGGAAAUACACAAAAGAACCUUGCAGAACGGGGAGUCUGCUGAGGCAAAUACAUACAAGCUGUACUGCGAUAAGGUUAAGCUCCACAAAAAGGCGCACGAGCCGAGGCGAAGCACGUUUUCGUACAGCACAGCAGCUGCGCACGAGCACAGCCAGAUGCUCCUGGAAGUGGAGACAGCGGAGCUAGGAAGGCUUCUCAGCAAGCACAUUGCUAUGCACGUGAAAAGACACGGCGAAAUAGAAGACCAGUGCAGCCUUCUGGAAACAGUGCGCGGGGUUGCUGCGAAUCUGGAAGCUGCUCUUUCUCCAAGCGCGCAGAAGGGGGCCCAGCGCGUGGAUGAAGCCCGCAGAGUUUGCGCAGAUGCCCUCAGCAGCCCUCUUUUGGACGCGCUCUUGCUAUGCAUGCUGCAUCUGAAAAACGCAGAGCCCUGUGCAGUGCUCGAGAUACUUAAAAGGCUGUGCCGAGUCGAGUGCGCAGUGAAGACAAACGGAGGCGAAGGCUGCACAAGCCCGCCUGUGCACAUCAACGCGCGAAUGCUCCGGGCUGUGCUCGUGGACUUGGCAAAGAAGAGCACGCCCGGGCUGUUUGACUUUCUUCUGGAAAUAGCAGGCAAAGCCCAAGAAAUUAGCCAGUACUAUGGAAUAGUGCUGUAUGCGGUGUGCAGGGAAGUGCAAACGGUAGAAAGGCUGGUGGACGUAUUCAGACGGCCUGCUAGGGAGUACAUGCACAAACCGCACGAUGCAGACGCACACUACACGCGCUUUAUGCAGGUUCUCUGCACCGCCAAGUACCUGGGAGCACUGUGCGGAGACAGUGUUGUGCAGAGUGUGCGCACAUUGGUGGCUGAGGUGCUGCAGGAGUGCAAGGGCGAGCACAUAUCGGUAGAAACAGUCGAAAGGGCGCUAGGCCAGGAGAGUAUUAUAUGCACUGCUGGAACUCUCCUGUAUAUGGCGCGAGACAUUCCGGUGGAGCCCAGCCUUGAGAUGGACGCCGAGCUGAAAAUGAGCGUGUACUCUGUCAUGGCUCUGCUGCACAAAAAGCCAAGCCGCGCGGUGCUUGCGGACGCUGUGAGAGAAAACACCGAGGCAAGCCUUCUCUAUGUGCACUGUGUUCUUCUGCUGGCGCCGGAGAUGGUUUUGGAGCCCGGGGUCAGCUCCGUGUUUGCAGAGGCAGAGAAGUCUUCUGCGAUUGAAUAUAUAUGCCUUGCAUAUAGGCACGGGAAGCCCUGGAAGGGCAUAGUUAGCCGCCACAAAGAGCACUGUGUGGAAAGCAAGCGCAGGCAUGCAGCGGAGAGCCCAGAGCACCUGCAAAAAGCCGGGCAAGAGAAAAAGCGCCGAAGCGCGUGCAAGGUGUGCAGCGUGGAUCGAGCAGUUGAGAGGUGUGCAAGGGCAAUUAGAAGGAAGAGCAUGAUGUGGAUGAUAGCGGAGGGAGACGCUGACGGGAUAGCACAGUACUUUGCAGAGAAUGCACCCAGCCCGAGCGCAAUGGCUGUUCUUCUGGAAAGAAUAAACCCAAGCAUUUGCAUUCGGGUUGGCGGGAGCAAGGCCCUGAGGCAUCUGGACCCGAGCGAGCACUUUCGAUACCCAGAAAGCGUGCGGAUGCUUCCCAUACUCGCACACUCGCAGAAGGCCAUGGAGCGGAUAAAGCGUGUUUUUGGGCCUGGAGACGCGCAGAAGCAAACAAUUUGGCUGCUUUUUUUGGAGUCUGUUAUGUGCCAAAUGUACGGCAUGUCCUGCGUGCUCACAGAAGGGCUCGAGCUGCAGGUUCUUAUCCGGUCUCCUAAAAUAGCGCACAGCGUGUGCGAGAGAUACUCGCAGAAGAGAGAGGAGGCCAUCAUACAGACAUCGCUUGGCGUGCUGGAGGGGUCUAUCAACUCGACCGAGCAGGAGAAGAAAAAUGUUUUGUGCGCGCUGAAGGCGCUGGCCAAGCACACGCCAGACCUGAGCGUCUCCAAGGACAUUUGCAGCUAUUUGCAAAAGAAAGCAAAAGGCUGCACGUUUUCUGAGUUUUUGGAGGGUUUAGCCCUCCCAGUGUCUGGCAAGCAGGGAGAAACCACGUUCGCGAGAUGCUUGUCAAAGGCGCAGGCGCUUAUGGACAUUUUUGAGACUGUAGACCCUUGCAACACGCCAAAGGAUGCAGUGGACUUAUCGCCUGCGCGCUUGGUGCGGGAAAAGGCCGAGCUGUUUCGGGCUGUGAGCGAACUGCCGCUUGUUGAGCAGAAAGCAAUAGAAGAGUACUUUGCGCACAAAAACUCUUUCUACACGGCGCACAUGCACAGCAUGCAGUUGGUGCUUGCGAGAGAGUCCGAAGUCAGAAAAGCUGUGGAGGUGUACUAUGACAGCGCCCUCGAAGAAAAAGAGCCAACCUCCGAUGGCGUGUGCAGCCUGAAGCAUCCCUGCGUGCACGUGGCCCAUGCAUUUCUGCGUGCAAUAUACCCUGAGAAGUAUUUUCUCUUCUUCCUCUUGACAAAGCUGCUAGGAGAAGAAAAGCCCUUGACUGCUCUGGAGGUCUAUGCUAUGCGGCUGGUGCUUGAGUACCUGCGCGUAUACGAUAGCAGCAUGCACUCAGAAGCAAAGCGGCUCUUCUUCAUGCGGCUGGAAAAUGCGGACUCGCUAGAAAAGUCUGCAGACACUUUGAGCGGUGCCUCUGUGUCUAGCAUGGUUCCCGCCUGCGCAGAAGACGAGCGCAUUUCCACCCUGCUAAGAAGGCACGGGCCGAUGAGCAGGCCCAGGCGCGGCAUUGUUCUGGCAAAGUGCCAGAACGCCUUCUUCACGCGGCAUUACAACUUUUCAAGCAUAUCCGACCUGUUUGGCGCAUACUUCAAAAAGCUUGCUCCGUUCGCCAAUCUGAGCCUUCUUGUGUUUAUGUGCGACCUUCCCUCUGCGCCAGAACAAAUUCUGGAAAAAAUUCCGUGCGCCUCCUCUCGAGACUUCCUGCAGAUGUUCUACUAUGCAAACUGCAGCGCGCCUGUGCAGAAAGAGCACCCAUAUUUCCGGAUAAUCCAAGUCAUGCGGGCAGACAGAGGCAUCUGUGCAGCAGAGCUUGCAUCCGAAGCAGUCCCAGAGAAAAGCGCGUACGAGGAAAUUUCCAUGUACGAAAACCGAGAGAGCGACAACGGGUUUAUCACAGACCCAAAUCCGGAGAUGCACAGCGACGCGCUUCUGGAGGUAGAGGACAUCUUGGAGGCGUCCAGAAAGCUGACCACCUGGAACAAAGCAGUGGGCAGCGUGGGCAUGCAGGACUUUAUACUUGUAAACAACCAGCAGGCGCCCGCGCACUACGUGAACUUUCUUCUGGCGCGGAAAGCGCAAGAAAGAUACCAGUUUAUCAACUCGGUGAAAACAGGAGCACCUUACACCGGAAACAGCGAAAUAGAGGAGAUGCUGUACAUAUGCACGCGCAGAAAGGCGGAAGUUUCCGCGGCGCUGGAGAAAAAAAGAGUGCUUACAAAGGGCGGAAUGCACUGUGUGCUGGCAGCGCUGGAAAAGAAGUGGCUGGGAAUGCCUGCAGAGACGUACUACAUGAGGGCGCAUGCCACAAAAAAAAGCCCUGAAAUGGCGCUGCUUCUUCCUAGGGCGGGCCUGGAGAGCGCCUGCGAUGCGAAGAGGCGCAGCCUGGCCGCAAGCCUCUUUUUGUUCAAAAUAAGCAACAACAUGAACACGUUCAAAGACCCUUUGCAGGUGCUUUCCAAAAUAGAAAGCGACUGUCUCUCAAGAGCAGGCGCCGGGUGCUUGGAAAGGAGCAAGGCCGCACACUUUCUCAAAGGGCUCUCUGGGCGGAGGAAGCGGAAGACUUUUCUGCAAAAACAGAGCGCAGAGGAGGCAGAGCUGCUUGCCAAAGCGGUUUCUGCGAAAAUUCAGUACACGCUGAAAGAGUUUAAGAGCAAGCCCAUAGACAUACUAAACAUGCACGUGAAGCCUGCGUCUGAAAUGGACUUUGGGCCUUCCCGCAUGCUUGUCCUCGAGUCGCUCGCUAAGACUUGCCUGACCAUAUUCAACAGGCACGCGAUGAACUUGCAGGACCGGGCCGCGCCGCAGGCUCCUAGCAGGCCCAAAACAAAGAGCACGAUUCUGCAAAAGGAAGAGGCUGCUGCAAAGGAGCUGCACGACCGCAGGUUUAGGCAGCAGACAGAGGUAGAAGAGGCUGCGCUCCGAAUGGGGAUAUCUUUCUACAUCAAGCUGGUUGAGGAAAGCAAAAGUGUCCAGCAUGUAAUAUCAUUGGUGCAUCUUCUGUUUUCUGAGCAUGUUCCAGAGCGCACGGUUAGGGAAGCGUCGAUGGACGGGAUUCCUAUAAAGUGCUUCUUCCCGCUUAAGCAGCAGAUUAUAUCUAAGUAUUUCCACCUAAAGGCCAGCCGCCAAACAGCAAGAGCGCUGUACGCGCACCUUUCGCUGCUCAUUGAGAGGUUUCUAUGCGAAAUGCCGCUUUCUGUGGUAUACGACAUUAUUCUGCGAGAGGACAAAGACUCCAGUGUUUCCAGCAUCCCCGCAAGCACCCGGAUGCACGCAGAAGCGGUUAUUCGGCAGUACAAAAGCAUGUACGAGCAGGCGCAGACAGAUGCCCCGAUUUCAGCAGCUUUUCCGCAGGGCACGCAUCUUUUAACGUCUCCGAACACGCCAAACACGGCGCAGGUCUACAUACACAGGGUGAUGUCCUCCGCGGAAAAGCUCAAAGGAAUCAACAAGCCGGUGCUUAUUUCGCUCCAGGGGACAGACGGAGUCGUCUACAAGGAAAUUCUCAAGAAAAACGACGACCUAAGGCAGGACAUACUGAGCAUACAGGUGUUUAUGUACAUGAACACUGUGCUGGCGUCCUCUGGGCACACGCAGUUUAUAAAGGAAAGAGUCCGGACGUACAACAUCGUUGCGCUGGACAAGCUGUUUGGAGUCAUCCAGUUUAUUAGCACUGCAGAGCCCAUUGGAAAUGUAAUAGAAAGCCUCCACAAGAAGCACUACCCGCACGAAAUCGACAACAAGCGGUGCCGGGCCAUCUUGGUCAAGAAAAUAGAUGCCCCGCUUGAGGAGAAAAUAAAGGCGCUGCAGCUCUUGAACAGAGAGUACUCCCCCGUCCUGAAAAAAGUCUUCAGCGGCAAAGGCCCGUUUGAGUACUGCAAGCAAAGAAAAGCCUUCACAAGCUCGUUUGCGAUAACCUCCAUUGCCACGUACAUACUUGGGCUGGGCGACAGGCACCCGCAGAACAUCUUGCUGGACAGGCGCACGCAGGAGCUGAUCAACAUAGACCUCAAUCUGAUAUUUGACCAGGCCCGAGCUCUGUCGAUUUCGGAGAAAGUCCCGUUUCGCAUGACUGCGAAUAUGCAGCAAGGGCUCAUAACAGGAAAUGCGCACUCGUACGAGAGAAUAAUGUGUGCCUUUUUGGCCAGCCUGAAAGAGUCCAAGGAAACCCUUCUGGUCUUUGUGGGCAUUUUAAAAAGCGAGCCGCUGCAGAGGUGGAAAGCCAUCCAGAAAAUUGCGCAGCUUGACACGCUGUUUUCCGACUACAAAAGCAUUAUGGGCCGGCUCAAGGACAAGCUAAACGGCGUGGAGGACGGGUUUGUUCUCAGCAACACUGCACACGUGCAAUGCCUUGUGCAAAGGGCCGUAGACAUUUCAAACCAAGCCUCGAUAUACCCUGGAUGGUCUCCUUGGAUGUAA